CACAUUUGGGACAUUGGAGCAGUGUGUUGCCAGACCACUGAGUCGGAGAGACACUCAGAUGACAAACAGGGAGCCUGACAGAAAAAGAUCUUCACUUUUCGUUUUGAAUGUGUCAACUUACCAAGCAUUGCGAUGCUUCCAUUCUUCCUUUUGGCGCUAGCUGCCACCAUCCAGGCCCAAAUGGCGUUGUUGCCAGGCUCUUGCAGCUUUGAGGUCGACACCUGCGGUUACAUGUCAGAUGUCGACUUUACCAGCUGGACCCUAAACAAAAACGGACAUUUUCUUGCAGUCGAGGCAGCUUUGAUAGCCGACCAAGACUCUGACGUGACUGCAGAUGUGACAGGAAUCUUGUUGAGUCCGGCUCUGGAGCACAGCGAGUGGAGCUGCCUUAGGGUGGUCUACCAGAUCAGCGGCUCAGGAAGUCUGCAGGUCUUGCAGCGCACGGAGGGACAGAGCUUUGACAGGCCGCUGUGGAGCAGCCAUGAACCAUCAGACAGCUGGAUCAUUGCGAGCAUGGACCUGCAGAACAGGACGGAUCCUUCCCGGCUUGUCAUUGAAGGUAAACCUGGGCGGAGGGCCGGGAGCAGCGUGGCCGUGUACGAGAUCCACAUUAGUCCUGGAUACUGCCUGGAGUGCGACUAUGAAGAGUCUCACCUGUGCGGCUACAAUAACCAAUGGAACGCCAACGUGAAUUGGUAUGUGGGGAGUGCUGGAGGCGGCCAACUGCUUGACAACAACCUGCCAGACGACCACACAAACAACAAUAGGACGGGUCACUUUAUGUACGUGGACUCCAUCUACUCCAAAACGUUUAAAGAAGUGGCCAAACUGGUGUCCCCAAUGACUACCAUGCCUAUGUCUGGCUGCCUGACGUUUCACUAUCAGCGCACGGAUGAAGGGGGGAACCUCUUCUCUGUUUACACUCGAGACCGACUGGGUCAAUACCAGGAGCUGUGGAGGGUGGGGCCAAGAAACACCAGCAACUGGAGUGGUUCACAUGGAGAGUGGAUACCUGUGCAGGUGGACCUGAGGGCUCCUUACUCUGUGCAGGUGGUUUUCGAGGUGGCCUUCAGUAGCCCGAGAGGUGGGCACGUUGCAAUUGAUGACAUUUCAUUUGCACCUGAGUUCUGCAGCUCCGACACAGAGCCCACCUUUGAUCCUUCCAUCGCCAACUGUGACUUUGAGUCAGGUUUCUGCCAGUACACCCAGGACCAAGCGACAGGAUCAUUGUGGAGGAGGGUGGGCGUAAAGCCGAAUCUAUUUCGAAACGGGGACCACACAUCAGGAGCAGGGACUUUCUUGUUGGCUCACUCCCAGCUGAACACAGAGUCCAGCUACAUCAGUCGCUUAAUCAGUCCAACACUGGCGGCCAACAUGAAGUACUGCCUGAGAUUCUACUUCACUGUCAGGGGUAUCAACCACUCGGGCGUGGCCCUGGCCGUGUAUCUGCAGGAGGGCAGCAGCUUGGAAAAGAUCUGGACACUGGGGGAGAGGUCCAGGGGAAUAUGGAUAGCAACAGAUGUAACCUUCCAGACAUCACAAGCUGCUCAGGUGGUUUUUGUCAGCACCUGCAGGAGUCUGUGGGACUGUGGCUCAGUGGCUUUGGAUGACAUCAGCAUGAGUCUGGGAGACUGUGAGCUCACAGCAGGGUUGACGUCAUCAAUCCCAGGUUGGUGUGACUUUGAAGCAGGAUUGUGCGACUACACUCAGGACAGGCAGCAUGAUGCUGCUGACUGGGAACGCCGGAGGGGACCAACCCCGACCUCUUACACUGGACCCAGGGGAGAUCACACUACUGGACUUGGUUAUUAUCUGUACAUGGAAGCGUCCCCGAUGUUGCCCGGUCAGACCGUCCGCCUGCUGUCUCCUCCUGUCCGAGGUUCUAAGGACGUGCAGUGUUUGGGUUUCUUCUACAACAUGCUUGGUUCAAACACAGGCCAGCUCAGCGUGCGGCUGCAAAACAACAAGCGGGAAGUUUUGCUGUGGCAGCGGAAAGGCGAGCAAAGUGUUGCCUGGUUGAAAGCCGUGGUGGAAUAUCAGAGCGAUGACCAACAUCAGAUUGUGCUCGAAGCCACCAGAGGUUCAUCGGUCAGAAGUGACAUCGCCAUCGAUGACAUCAUCUUGGAGAGUGGACCCUGUUCAGCUGCAGAGACGAAAGCUCCUGUGGGAACAUUCAACGAGAUCGAGUAGAAGAAAACAUAAUUGGGCUUGAACUCUUUUUUUUUCUUCUUCUUUUUCUUUUGGACUCCAAAGACAUUUCGACUGCCCACGCGACCACAUGAUCAGUUUUUAUGUCUUUUUAUAAAGCACCUUUGUACUUUUCUCUGUGCUAAAACAAAAACUCUGUUUAUCCUCACAAGUACGUGCAUUAGAUUAAUGCUUAUUAAAGCUACUGUUUUCUCA